AUGCAAUCACCGAGCUCUGGCGGCAAAUUCCUGCAUCGGCGCAUAGCUGCCGUAAUAUUAUCAUUAAUUUCCAUCCUAUCUGUGGCACAGUCACAUCCAGUUACCAACUUUGUCCCUGUACGACCAGAUUUUGGAUCUUUUGAGAAGCUAGACUCUGGUCAUAACAUCGAGAUCGACCCGCUAAGGCGAGAACCGACACUUAAUCCAGAUAAAGAUCUACUCAAAAUUGGCAGACAUGGAGGUAUCAGCUCUGAUUUGCAGCUGUGCAGCAAUCUGACUAUCGAAAAGGUGCUACAGAAAUUUCCGGGUUCAAAUGCUGCGGAUGCUGCCGUGACGCAGGCACUGUGUAUUGGGAUGAUAAACUUCUUCAAUAGCGGAGUGGGAGGUGGUGGAUAUGCUGUUUUCUCUGGAAAACAGGAAAAAGACCACUUAUUCGUCGACUUCAGGGAGCAGGCGCCUGCGGGAUCUCACAAACAAAUGUUUGACGAGUGUCCUGACUGCUCGAAGGUUGGAGGCCUAGCAGUGGGUGUCCCAGGGGAAUUGAAGGGUUUGUACGAGUUGCACAAGUCUAGAGGAAGUGGUCAGGUCGCAUGGGCCGAUCUGGUGACUCCUGUGGCAGAGCUUGGGUACGAGGGUUGGGAAAUUGGCGCGGCGCUGGGUGCUUCCUUGGAGAAGUACGAGCCUUUACUGCUGCAAAUGACCGAAGACUGGUCCUUUGUAAUCAACAGCACCGGUAAUGGCGUGAAAAAGGCCGGUGAUUGGAUUCAGAGACCCGCGCUGUCUGACACUUUAAUGGAACUAGCAAAGAACGGUUCUGCAGAACCGUUCUACGAUCCAAAUCACUGGGUCGCUAGAUCGAUUGUUAAAAGUAUCGGUAAGCAUGGCGGCAUACUAACAAAAGAAGACUUAGCCAACUAUACUGUGUCUGCAGGUAAGCCGUUGUCUCUCAAAAUAAGAUCCGGAUACCAGUAUGCUCCUAAUAACGAUCUGACAGUAUUAACCAGUAGUGGAUCGAGCUCAGGGGCCGCUUUGAUUUCAGCCCUCUCAAUCAUGGAUCAAAUGGAAACUGUAGAAGGUGGGGAUUAUAUGCCUCUCACGUCUUUCCAGUUGAUUGAAGCGAUGAAAUGGAUGGGGAGCGCCCGUAGCAGACUCGGAGACUACGAUGGAGACGAAAUUCCGGCACACAUCAAGGAAGUGCUGGGAAAAGAAUGGAUAGACAAUGCUGCUGGGAAAAUCAAGCAAAAUUGUCUGAGAUCAGAGCCCAAGACUUUCGAGAAUUGGACCUGGUAUAACCCAGCGUAUGAAAUCAAUGAGCCGCAUGGAACAGCCCACUUUAGUAUUGUUGACGGUCUAGGCAAUGCCGUCUCCCUUACGACCACGAUUAAUCUACUGUUUGGCUCGCUAGUGCACGAUCCGGUUACUGGAGUGAUAUUCAACAAUGAAAUGGAUGAUUUCUCGCAACCACACAGAUCUAACAGUUUCGGACUCGCCGCAUCUAUCUACAACUACCCUUCACCAGGAAGAAGACCGCUAUCUUCUGCGGUUCCCUCGAUUAUCUUGAACGAAUUGGGAAUACCUGACCUGGUGGUGGGCGCUUCAGGCGGCUCGACUAUCACGACCAGCGUGCUACAAGCAAUCGUGAGGAGCUAUUGGUACAAUAUGCCGCUUCUAGAAACCAUCGCCUAUCCUCGAGUGCACCACCAACUCCUGCCCGAUGUACUCGAGGUAGAAAACUAUUCGAUGGUUGGUAAGUCAGCAGUAGGCUCUUUCAACAAGAUGGGUUACAGCACCCAGGAGAGGGGUCCAAGAAGCGUUGUCAACGCAAUUCGGUAUUUCAACGGGGAUUGGCAUGCCGUAAGCGACUAUUGGAGGAAAAGAGGCGUAUCAUCCGUGUAUUAA